CUGUGCUUCGGACGCGGUUUGUUGUGAAUAUCGAAUCUCCUAGUGCUAGUAAUUCAACGUUGGAUUUGAACCUCCAGAACCCGCUCACACCACGUGGUGCACACGGUGGUGCAGUGUGAUUUGCAGGGAUGUUGAAUUUUAAAGGCCUAAUCAGCCAUUUUUAGUGCUCGGGCUCUAAGUGCACGUGCGGCGGUGACGUGUGUUUAUACCUGCCGGCUGGCUCCCCUCUGUGUUUACGGUUUCGAAAUCUUCCCGCCGGGCGACGGAAGAGCAACAAAACGUGACUAAGGUGAUAACGGUGCGAAAUCUCCGGUGAUUCCGAGUGCUUCCCAGUUAAUCCCGCUUUCGUGAGCAAAUCGCAGAUUUGACGACGACGGUUGCUUAGAUGAGGCUGGUUGCGUGAUGCAAAGUGCAAAAUACGGUGAACGUCGGUAGGCUGAUCCUUCGAUUGUGGCCGCGCGGGUCGUAAAAAUUGUUGAUUGUUUUAUUCACGGCGCACAAACGUGGCAAACGUGAGGUCGCGAAAACGGUGUGUAACUCAAAAAUACGAGAUUUCGAUGUGAUUUAGGUGACAAAACAAGGUUGCCCCAAAACAGAUUGCAGUGUGUGUUUCCGGUUUGUUUCGGCAUCGGGGGAACAUAUCGGGGCCAGGUGCAUGUUUUGAGGCCAACGUGCGACAACUCGGAACGGGGAAAUAAAUUUUCCUUCCCAAAACGGAACGGAAAAAAGGAACGGGCAAGAUUAAAACAAGAAAGUUCGUAUAAAUUACGCAGUGCAGAAUAAAUGGUGCCUCCCUGGUGUACCAUAAAUCGCCGCCUCGGUGAUAAAAGAUAACUCCAAACGGACACCACCACACAUUGGGCCCGGACCGGUGUUCUGGGGCCAGUGAUGCAAGCUGCUGGAUGCUGGGUAGAUUAAAUUUAUGCGUUGAGCGACCGGUUUUAUUUUGGUUUUCGGUGGCGAAUUCGGAAGAAUUCGAAAGCACGGAAAAAAGUCGUGUAUCGGUUCCGGUGACAGAGUUCCAGUGACUCCAGGGGAAACGAAGCAGAAGCCCUCAGCAGACGUAAACUGCUCAUUUACGGAAUCCCUUCACGGGACGUAACAACGAGCAGCAGAAAACAAUCGAAAGUUCUUCUUCAUUGCUUGCGAGCGAGUCUCCGUACACACAGUCCAUCGGCACUCCUGAUCAUCUAAAGAUGACACACCUCCAGCGGCACCGGUUGGAGUCAGUGAGUGACCACAGUGGCGGCUCGGCCCCGUCGAGCUCGUCGAGCAAAUCGAGCGACAGCUCCGACGGGUCGGCGUCGGAGAUCUGCGAGGUAAUGCAGGAGUGGUCCCUGGACGGCAGUAGUGACCCGCAGGCACACCCGCUGCAGCUGCACCACCAUUCGCAUCACCAGCACCACCACCACCACCAACACCAUCAUCACCACCUUCUUCACCAACAUCAUCAUCAGCAACAACAUCAUCUUCAUCGCACGAACGCCGCCACUCACGAACAACAUCUUCAACACCAGCAGCAGUCGUCCCUGCAGCAGCACCUUGGCCACGUCCGCCCGCUGCCGGUGGCCGGGCUCGGUGGCCACAUCCCGUCGCCGGACGCGAGCUACACGCAGGAGGACGUCGGCGACGAGCCGGAGGAUGACGAGGAGCUCGAGUACAGCAAGCACGACCUCAUCAGCCUGGACAGUGGCAUCAUCACGGACUACGAGCGGGGCCAGAUCGAAAGCUUCUUCAGUGGACUCGGCACCGAGGUGUACGUUAGCUCCUCGCUGGCCAACCUGUACGAGCGCGUCGGGAAGGAGGACUGGCGUCUGGUGUUUACCGGAAUCCCGGUGCUGCUGCACGACAAGGGCAGCACCCGAUCGCGCUGCACCCCGCGCGUCACGUUCGUCCUGGCCGAGCGUGGCACCUGCUUCGCACUCUGGAAGGACACCAUCGAUAACUUGUCCGACUACAAGGUGGCGGCCGCGGCCUUCCACACCAUGUGUCUAUCGGCAGAUCAUCGCAAGGUGAUCGGGUUCAGCUUCGACUCGAACCAGGCCGCACGGGAGAUGUGGGUGCGCGUGGAGGAACUGACCAGCAACCCGGAAAACAUCGCCCUGUCGGCCCCGGGCCGGAAGCGCAAAACGCAGAAACGUGCCAAACCGAUCGUGCUGCCGCCGAAAUCGCAAAUCUCGCAACCGUGCCAGUUUAACCACGUGACGAGCGUCACCACCAACGAUACGCCGCGCUACUUCAGCCUCCAGGCAUUCGUCACGGCCCCGGUCAAACACCGGGCACCGUAAUAAGCACCGGGCAGGCAGAGUUUAUUCUCAAACUCGGAGCGAGCAAAGGACAGUGACGAAUGGAGAAAAGAGGCAUGGUUUGUCCAAGUGCACCCCCGAACAACCCGUUUUGAAAUGGUCGUCCCCUUGCGCAAAGUAGCCGAUAGUGACACACGCGCGUACACUCUUCACUUCGUAAGUCAGUCAUGACAGCUCUAGAGGGUUUUAACUAUGCUAAGAUAGUGUCCAUCCAUCAGGCAUCCAUUGGUGCUUGUCAGCUUCCGUAGAUUACGAGCCGAUGGAGAGAGAGACUGCAGUGCCACAUUUUGUAUAAGCUUAAGAAUGGUCUCUAGUGUGUUAAGUGAGUUAUGCAAAGCAAUCCACUUGCAGCCGGUCAGCCAGCUGAUCCUGAAAAGCAGGGAAAACUCGGAUAGGCUUUGAAGCAGCAUCCUUCGUAUCCAGUCAGCCGAUCGCGUGUACCACUAUAUAUCAGUGAAUGGUCAGUUUUUAAAUGUGUGACUGUGAUAAAAGGAUAACGAAACGGAAGGAACUCGAUAUCAUAUGCCGGAACACGCGGAUGGCAGGUGGAAGCAGCAUUCUGCAGCAUAGCGAAGGGCAGGUGAUAUGCAGGUUGAGAUAGAUGAUAAGAGCGGAAUCUUACUUCAAGCGUGUGUGUUAACACGAUGCACUCAAACAUUUCAAACAUUUGCUUCGACACGCCCGCACUGACCCGUG